AUGUAUGCGCAUACCUUCACUCUUCUUGCAUCUCUCGCUGUAGGAGCCUCUGCUGGUACACUCUCAGUGCCCUUCGCAAAGCAGAAGCUCCAUCAUGAAUCCUCCCUCCACAAGCGCGAUACUCUAACCCUCACGGGCUUGAAUAACAUCACUGGAGGUGGAUAUUUUGGACAGUUUCAGAUUGGAACCCCAGGCCAAAACAUCAGCUUUCAUCUCGACACUGGUAGUAGUAGUGAUACCUGGGUCAACUCAGUCGAUACCGAUCUCUGCAACAGCAAGACAUUACAGGAAUUAACCGGCCCUUGCCAGGCUACUUUUGACCCUGACAAGAGUAGCACAUACAAACUUGUCGACCAGGAUGCCUUCAAUAUCACUUACUUGGACACAAGGCGUAUCCUCGGCGACUACUUCAAUGAUACUGUCACCAUUGACGGCAAAAGCAUCAAGAAGCAGCAGCUUGGUCUCGCCGUCAAGUCUGCCAGCUCCACUGGUAUCAUGGGCUUGGGUUUUUCCACUGGUGUUGCUGGGAAUAAAACCUACCCAGCCAUCGUUGAAAACAUGAUGUCUCAGGGCCUCAUUGAACGAGCUGCGUUCAGUCUCUGGCUGGAUGACCUCAACGCCGAAGAAGGAACUGUCCUCUUUGGUGGCAUUGACACAGAAAAGUUCGUUGGAAAACUUACCACUCUGCCCCUGGCGCCCAUCAUGCCAGGCCAGAAUAUCACCGCUUUCAGCGUCCCCUUGAAGGGCUUGGGUGUGACUAUGCCAAAGGGUCAGGACAGUGUUGAACUAGAAGAUUUCCAGAACAACACCAUCACCAUCGUCGACUCUGGCGCUACCGCUUGUCAGAUGCCCGACAGCCAAACAGAAGCCAUUUACAAGGCCUUUGACGUUCUCAGUAUCAGGGACGUCAACGUCCCCUUUGUAGACUGCGCCUACGGAGAAGACAAAGGCAAGGGUAUCACAUUCGACUUCAAGUUCGACGGCAAGACCAUCGUCGUCCCUAUGAAGGAAAUGGUUAUCAACGCAUUCAAGGAACAACAAGAUGUCUUCAAAGACCCUCUUGUCGCACCUCUCUUUAAAGGUUGGGAGGGUGUCUGCAUGUUUGGCAUCAGUCCUAUCAGCAAAUAUGGAAUUUCGAGUGAUACUCUGACUCUCCUUGGAGAUACCUUCUUGCGCUCUGCAUAUGUUGUCUAUGAUUUGACGAAUGAGCAGCUGGGCAUGGCUGAGGCGAACCACGGGGCCACAAAGUCUAGCAUUGUUGAGCUCAAGAAGGGCGAUACCAAAUUACCAGACGUCUCUGGAGUUGACAAAGCGUCUACUUCCGACGAUGAUGACGGCAACGCAGCUGGCCAACUAUCUCCCGCUUCCGUAGUGACGCUCGUGAUGGUUGCGGGUGCUGUUUUGACUUUCUGGUGA